CCCCCAUUUCUCGCUGUAAGAAUACACCGAGGACCCGAAAGUCAUGGCAAAGACAAACUUGUACCGAGCCGAUGGUCGGUGUCUCCAAAAACGAACUAUCGGGGGUUUAUAUUUCACUUGAUCAAGAUUAACCCCACCUUUGGGUUGGUUGGCAGAGACACUUUGAUUUCAUUCACCAUUCAAAACUUGGAUUCCCAGACACUUGUGUAAUUUAUCCAUCAAGCUACGUUCCAGUGACCAGACCAACAACUGGAUACCCAAGCAGGUUACGAUCCCCUCCUUGACGGAAAACCGCACGAAAACACCAACCAUGGCAGCCGCACCAGCACCAGGCAUCUACGUGCCCGUGCCGACCUUCUUCGCCUCGCGGACGGCGGCCGACUACACCGCGCACGCCCCUCCCGUCGACGUCGUCGCCCAGGUCGCCCACUCUCUGUACCUGGCCCGCGCCGGCAUCCACGGGCUCGUCAUCCUCGGCAGCACCGGCGAGGCCGUGCACAUGACCAACGACGAGCGCAACGCCGUGCUGGCCGGCGUGCGCAAGGGAUUGGACGCCGAGGGCUUCAAGGGCUACCCCAUCAUCGCCGGCACCGCCGCGCAGAGCGUGGCAGAGGUCGUCGAGCAGCUCAAGGAUGCUCAUGAAAAGGCCGCCUGCCAGUUCGGCAUGGUCUUGGUGCCUGGUUACUUUGCCGGUGCUACGUCGCAGGAGGGUAUCGUGAGGUGGUUCACUGCCGUGGCGGACCAGAGUCCCAUCCCCGUCAUGAUUUACCACUACCCGGGCGUAUCAAACAACGUCAAGGUAACCAUCCCGACAUUCGCCACGCUGUCCCAGCACCCCAACAUCGUCGGCUGCAAGCUUUCGUACCCAGACGUGCCCGUGCACACGGAGCUCGCGCUGCACCCAGACAUCGACCACUCUCGCUUCGCCGUCUUCACGGGCCUGGGCUCGCAGCUGUUCCCCGUGGUGGCCGUGGGCGGCGCGGGCGCCAUCGACGGCGCCGCCGCCUUCUUCCCCAAGGCCGUCGUGCGGCUGUUUGAGCUGUCGCAAAACGUGCGCCCCACCGACGAGGAGCACGCCGAGCGCCGCAGGCUGCAGUACCUCGUCGCCGCCCUCUACUCCAAGCUCAUCCCCACGGGCACCAUCGGCAUCAAGGAGGCCGUCGCGAGGCUGAGGGGCUUUGGCGACCCCGACGGUACGCGGCUGCCGCUUUUUGGUGGGUUCGCCGAUGGGGAUGCAGAGUGGGCGAGGUGGAAGCCGAUAGUUGAUCAGCUCGAGGAGGCCGAGAAGAAAUUAUAAAAAG